AUGGCAAGAGGGUUUUGGUUCAUCUUAGUUGUUUCAUCACUUUUGCUUAUGCUUCUUGGUUCUUGCCAUGGAAGUUUUGUUGGAAUAUGCUAUGGAAGAAAUGCUGAUGACCUACCUCCACCUGAUAAGGUGUCACAAUUAGUUCAAGAUCACAAAAUCAAAUAUGUUAGAAUCUAUGAUUCUAACAUUCAAGUGCUGAAAUCUUUCGCAAACACCGGAGUCGAACUUAUGAUUGGAAUUCCAAAUCUUGAUUUGCUUCCAUUCUCACAGUUCCAAACCAAUGCAGACACUUGGCUCAGAAACAGCAUCCUUCCUUACUAUCCAGCUACGAAGAUCACAUACAUAACCGUUGGCGCAGAAAUCACGGAAAGUCCUGAAAACAUUUCCGCGUUGGUUGUGCCAGCCAUGACUAAUGUCCUUGCAGCUCUUAAGAAAGCUGGACUUCAUAAGAAGAUAAAAGUUUCAAGCACCCAUUCCCUUGGCGUGUUGUCUCGAUCGUUCCCUCCUUCGCCGGUGCUUUCGAUAGCAAACAUGCUCAUUUCCUGA